GCAGUGACUCCAGGAGCUGCGGUUUCUACUUCAUGCAUCAGCGACCGGAUCCGGAAGUGGGGUGGGUCCGGGCGGGUUUCCGGUCAGUCGGCGAGGCCGAGCGAGACGGAGUGCGGGACCGAUGCAGGCGAUAAAGUGUGUGGUGGUCGGCGAUGGCGCAGUGGGUAAGACCUGCUUGCUCAUCAGUUACACGACCAAUGCCUUCCCAGGAGAAUACAUCCCUACUGUCUUUGACAACUAUUCUGCCAACGUGAUGGUUGAUGGGAAGCCCGUGAACCUGGGGCUUUGGGACACUGCUGGUCAAGAAGAUUAUGAUCGUCUGCGUCCGCUUUCCUACCCUCAGACAGAUGUGUUUCUAAUCUGCUUCUCGCUGGUGAGCCCAGCAUCCUUUGAAAAUGUCCGGGCCAAGUGGUACCCAGAAGUGAGGCAUCAUUGUCCGAAUACACCCAUCAUCCUGGUGGGCACCAAGCUUGAUCUGCGGGAUGACAAGGACACAAUUGAAAAGCUGAGGGAAAAGAAACUGACUCCUAUCACCUAUCCCCAGGGCCUUGCUAUGGCAAAAGAGAUUGGUUCAGUGAAGUAUUUGGAAUGUUCAGCACUAACUCAGCGAGGUCUUAAGACCGUGUUCGAUGAAGCAAUCAGAGCAGUUCUCUGUCCUAUUCCUGUAAAGAAGAAGAAGAGAAAAUGUUUCAUUUUGUAAAUCAAUCUUUACUUUCAGUUUUACCAGGUCCACAGAGCAUCGAUUCAAUAUGCCAAUAUUUUUCCCUGUUGUGAUUACUUUCCUCUCUCCUUUAGAAUCCCUCUGUGCAGCGCUAUGGAAUGCAUCUACUGUUUAAUUUUUCAGAUACUGUAUUAUGUAACAGAAGAGUAUCAUUUAUAGGUUCUAUUGAUUUUCUGUCCCCUUCCUACCUACGUUCCCCAUCCCAUUGCCUGUUUACACUCCUCAAUUGUAUUUAAAUUGCCAAAUUAUCCAGUGUAACUAAAGAAAUGCAUCUGUUGCACUACAAACACUAAACGCGUAGAAGGAACUGUAUCUUUCUAUCAUUUGGUACCGUUUACAACUUUUCUAGAACUCUUAACCAUCCAAUUAGUGCUGACCUAUUCCUAGCUCUUCCAGAGUAGCUGCAAAUAAACUGUCAGUGGUUUAAACUGCUAGGGGACAAGAGCUGCUUUUGACCUGUGGUGUUGGAAUGGUUAUAUGAUUUGGAAUGGUCCUGAAGAUGUGAAAGGAUUGUACAGUUCAAAGGCUAAAGGUGCUUUAGUUGGUCCUGUUUUUUAACUAUAUUACUCUAUGCGCUUUUCACAUUAUCUUACUAGCUCAAAGGUGGCAGAGAUGCUUUAUUGUUGUCAACGUUAAGUACAAUAAAUUAAUCAUGUCUGCUGCUACAUAUUUAAACUUAAAACAGAUGCAUUGGAAGUCUAAGCAAAUUACCAGUAAAACUAGGGUGUGCCGCAGUUUGAUGGAGGUGCAGUUAACAGUUGGCAUCGAACUGGGAAGUUCAGUAUUCUCUGACUGGGUAUAGAGAGAGUGGGGGAAACAGGUGCUUGAAUUUGAAGGACCUCUCUGCUGGUUUUGCCGAAUUGUUUUAAGUACAGACGCAACAACGGAUGGAAGUGAAUGUUGAUGUGGUGAGAGCAGACUUAAGAACUUGGAGUAAAGAGGAGGUGGUUCAUUGAAGGCAUUAACUGGGUCCUAACAAACAUUACUGACCUAUAUCUUUAAGGGAUUUAUAUGUAACAUACUUGGUAUGUUUCUGAAAUGGUUAUACUUAACUCUACGUGACUAAAAAGAUGAUUUUCAUUUGUUGUGAAUUUUAACAGCAAUAUUGGACGUGUCAUUUCCUAAGUUUUGAACACAAAAGUGUUAUUUCAUAAUCUGGAACAUAAUUAGUGGUAUUGAUGUUGCUAACUUUAGUUAUAAAUACUUGAUGUGGAAAAUGCUUGACUAACUCCCUUCAGUAAAAGAGCAGUUUUAUUACCUCAGUUCUUAUCCCUCUGUGCUUCCUGUUUUAAGCAGCAUGAUCACAGACCCUAUAUAUCCUCUCUGUUGAUUUCAAUUUUGGGAAGCCUUAAAACCAAACAGACCAAAUCCUGCACGGAGCCAUUAACUCCUCACAUAUCCUCGUGCUCUGUUUAAUUCUACCAUAGACGCCUUAUCUAAAAUGUACAUAAUCCCAAUGUAUUUUCUACUUAAUUUUUCUAAAGGUUAUGUUCUAUGCAUGUUGCUCAUCUAUUUUGGAACAGCAAAAUCCAACAGGGAGAGGACUGUUAAUGAAGAAACACAUGAAUCUGCUUUUUUUUAAAAAAAGAACAAGUGUUAAAAUGUUGGAGAAAGAGGAACCGCUUGCUUGCAUUCAUAAUUAUUCUGUAUGUUUACUGUGUGAUUUAAAUAAACAGUUAAUACGGUUA